GUAGUGCCAGAGCACGGAGGACGCCCCUUCAGAAUACAAAUUCAAAUUGUUUCCGGACACUGUCCAAUGGGGUUGUAAACCACGCCUAUUUACUCAGGAGCGCCCGAGGGGCGUGGCUUUGGGAAGGAGGAAGGGAGCACGCUGCACAGUUUUGAAAUUUCAGGGAGCGAGCUUGUCUUUAUCAGAACAAGGAAACGAAAUUCAGCGCUGGCGAGGCGAGCUGUGAAAAGACACCCACUGGAUUUCACACCUGGGGGAAUAUUUACACUCACGUUCGUGGAUUGACAGCGACAGUUCCUUCUUACGGACUGGCUGCCGAUAGCUUGGUAAGGGGUUUUUGGAUAGGUAUCGGUAUCCGCUGCCGCCUGGUACAGGCAAUAUCAUUUAUCUUUGGUUACGCGUAGAGGGAACAGGCGACGGACAUUGUAAUAGCCGUAAGGAACACAAAGGGACACGCUGUUAAACCGACCCUUGAACACGGUUCGCGGUGGGGAAGAAAGUAACGUUUAUUGCUUUGUCCACAUUCGUGCAGGUUCAAAGCACCGAGGGCACGGUCCGCAUAUCCGUUUGAUUGUAUUGUUACAAGGUUACGGACCUGCGUCUGAGGAGCGAGGGGUCGCGCACGGACACUGCCCGAGUGCGUUUUUUAAAACCUUUGUUUUAUUGAAAGGGACGCUUUUAUCGUUGCUUUCAGUGCGAUGAUCAUAUUUAUUUAAUCAGUGGAAUACAACCUGGUCAUUCGACUCCGUACAGCUCAACUGAACAGCCCGAGUAACCUGACUGUGAUUUCAUUUCCGCGCGGUUCGGUGGCACCAGACUGCCCAGGUCCAGGGGGAGACGGCAGCGACGCUGCGCGUGUGAGAAAACGGCUCGGCCUGUCACUGCUCCUUUGUGGACGCCUUUUCGCGCGUGACAAUAGAGCGUGCUGCGAAGGCGCUUCUGUGAAAGAAAGAAUCGUCCAAUACGGUCCACGCGCGAGGAGUGGGGACUGUAGCAUUGCACGAGGAUUACCAGUCAAAACACAGUCGAUUGUAAGAUUACUGUCUCAAAUUUUAUCCAAGUCAGUGAUUUUUUUGGUCCCCCGUACCGCUAAGACGCUACGCGACGUGGAUAAGAAAAAACAAGUACUGAUAACUACAGCUCUGCUUGGUGUUAGUAAGGAGAUACGAGUUUCAUACCCUUCAGCGAAUUGUGCUUGGACGGAGCUCUCCUCUCUCACACAAGAGGCAGUCUGUCUGACCCGAGAAGAGCGCGCGGCCACAGACGUUACAGGACCGUUUCUGUGCACGAGUCACAAAGGCGACCUCAGAGCCAUGGGACUCCCUGCCCUCCUCCUCGUCCUCGCGCUACUUGCGGGGCCCGGUCUGGCUCAGCGGCUGGUGACGGUGCAGGGGGGGCCCCUGGUGCGCACUGAGGGGUCCCACAUCACCAUCUGGUGCAACGUGACGGGCCAUAAGGACGGGGUGGAGCAGGACUUCGAGUGGUCCGUGUACCAGCAGGCCGCGCCCGACCGGGAGAUCCGCAUCGUCAGCACCAGCCAGCCCAACUACGCCUACAGCAUGUACGCCCAGCGCGUCAACAGGAAGGAGAUCUACGUGGAGCGGCUGGGCGGAGACUCCGCCCUGCUGCACGUCACCAAGCUGGAGGCCAAGGACAUGGGCCAGUUUGAGUGCUACACCCCCAACACGGACGGGCCGUACCUGGGGUCCUACAGCGCCAAGACUGAGCUCAUCGUGAUUGCGGACACGCUGAGCGUGACAUCGCCGGCGCAGACGCUGGAGAAGGUGGAGGGCGACGUCCUGCAGCUCACCUGUGAGGUGACCCGGCAGACCGCUCAGCACACGCACCUGUCCAUGGGCUGGUACCUGCGGUCACCUGACCCCGCGGCCCCGCCCCAGGACCUCAUCACGCUCUCCCGCGACUUCGUGCUCCGCCCCGGCGCCCCCUACCGCCAGCGCUUCGGCUCCGGGGACCUGCGGCUGGACAAGCUCAGCGGCGCCGCCUACAGGCUGACUGUCUACCAGCUGCAGCCGGCCGACCAGGGCCUGCUGUACUGCGAGGCUGCCGAGUGGAUCCAGGACCCCGACCAGUCCUGGUACGCCAUGGUCCGCAAGCAGGCCAACCAGACCACCCUCAGGGUCCAGCCUACAGACAGGGACUUCAGUAUCCAGGUGAGCUCGGAGCGGCGGGCCUACCUGGCCGGGGAGCCGUUGGAGCUGCGCUGCGCCAUCGAGGCGCAGAACGUGGCCGAGCGCUUCUUCUCGCUCUCCUGGGUGUUCAGCAGCUCGCCCGUGGCGCUGGUGGGGCCCAACGCCGUGCCGGUGUUCAGCGGCGACUACGCCGCGCGCGAGGCCGCCGGUCAGCUGACCGCGCGCAAGGAGAGCCCCUCCGUCCACCUGCUCAGGCUGCAGCACCUCAGAGCAGAGGAUUCUGGGAAAUACAUCUGCAGAGUCACCGAGCGGGAGAGGACGCCCACCGGCGAAUUUGUGGACCGGACCAAGAGGUCUCGCAACGUCCAGAUCUCCGUGCAGCCCCUCAAGAGUAACAUCAGUGUGCUGUUGUUCAGCAACUCGUCGGAGGUGCAGGAGGGGGACCCGUUGGCUCUGAGCUGUUCGGUGCGGGGGGCGUCGGACGGGGCGGGGGCUCUGUCCGUGACGUGGGAGUGGGCGGACGGGCGUGGCGGGGAGGCGCAGGAGCUGGCUUCCGUGGACCGGGACGGGACGGUGCGGGCGGGACCCUCGUACCGCGAGCGCAGCAGCUAUGGCGGGGUGGGCGUGGAGCGCGUGCAGGGCGACACCUUCGCCCUCCUGCUGCGCCGCGCCCUGCCCAGCGACGCGGGACAGUACCGCUGCACCGCCACCGAGUGGCUGCAGCGCCCCCUGCUGGCCUGGGAGAAGAUCGGACAGAAGACCGGGACCAAGACCCUGACCGUCAGAGCCAUCGAAUCCUCCUUCUUCAUCGCGGCGUCGUCGCGGACGCCGAGCGUGACGUUUGGCGACUCGUUCGACCUGCAGUGCGUGGUGAAGCUGCCCCCCCGUGCCCCCCUCUCCGUCACCUGGCACUUCCAGCCGCCGGAGGGGGUGGGCCCGCCCCGCGAGCUGGUGACCCUGUCGCUGGACGGGACGCUGCAGUGGGGGGAGCAGCUGGGGGGCUGGGCCAUACGGGCCUCGCUGGACCGCUCCAGCUCCAACAGGAACUUCCGUCUGAGCGUGAGCAGGGCGGGGCUACGGGAGGCUGGGACCUACCAGUGCUCCGCCCACCUGUGGAGGCUCAACUACGACGGCACCUGGGCCAGGGUCGCCAACCGCACCUCCAACCUGCUGGGCAUCAGCGUGCUGAAGCCAGUGAGCAGGCUGCGGGUGCAGAAGGCCAAUCAGAGCCUGUGGUUUGUGGAGGACAGCAGCGUGCGGGUGAACUGCUCCGUGGAGGCGCAGACCAGUCCGUACGCGCAGCACGCGGUGCUGUGGUACGCGUGGAAGGGCCCGGAGCCCCACAGCGCCCCCGAGCUGCUGCUGAAGACCACGCGCCCGGCGGGGCUCCAGUACGGUCUGUACGCGGAGGAGGAGCGGCUGGACAGGCGCCUGCAGGCCGAGCGGCUCUCCCCCCGCCUCUACGGCCUCACCCUGCACCGCGCAGAGCUCAGCGACUCCGGGAGCUACUACUGCCAGGUGGAGGAGUGGCUGCUCGACCCCGAGGGCAGCUGGUACCACCUCGCCCGCGACACCUCCGGCUUCACACAGGUGUUCGUCACACAGCCAGAAACGCGCCUGCAGGUGGAGGAGACGGUGUCAAACCUGACGGUGUCGGAGGCGGGUUCGAUCCGGCUGGGCUGCAGCAUCCUGUCCCAGUCCAGCCAAGACUCCCGCUUCUCCGUGGCCUGGUACCUGCAGCGGGCGGGCGGGGCCAGGGAGGGGGUGGAGCCCCAGUGCGUCUUCUCCAUCGGACACGACGCCGUGUUCGGGAACGGGAACUGCAGCCCCGCAGAACCCUGGGGCCCAGAGUCCCGCCUGCUCUUCCAGAGGACGACCUCUGACCUCUACAGCCUGACCAUCCAGAGGGCCCGGCCCGAGGAUUCUGGGAAAUACUACUGCCACGUGCAGGAGUGGCUGCUCAACCCACGCAACGCCUGGUACCGCCUCACCGCCAACAACUCCGGCCUUACCACCGUCACCGUCCUCCCCGCAGUUCCCUCGCUCCAGUCGGUGGUCUGUUCCAGCGAGUCGCUCUUCUACUUUGUGUUUUUCUACCCGUUCCCCAUCUUCGGUGCCCUGCUCAUCGCGCUGCUGCUGGUGCGCUACAAGACCCGCCAGGCCAGCCGCGGCCAGGACGGCAAGAACGGCGCCCCCUUGCUGUGGAUCAAAGAACCGCACCUCAACUACUCCCCCACCUGCCUGGAGCCCCCGGCCCUGAGCCUGCACCCCGGGUCCGUGGAUUAGGCCUCCCACCCCCAACCCC